AUGAUGAAAGAACUGGACGUAGAAGCUGGAAAGAUAGGCCUUAAUAUGAAUUAUAGCAAGACCAAAAUCAUAACAAAUACAAAUAAAGACAUCACAAUGAGGAUCGGACAAGAUGAAAUAGAACAAGCUCAGGAAUAUAUAAUAUAUCUGAGUCAAACUAUAAAACUUAACAAAGAAAACCAAACAGCAGAGAUAAAGAGACGAGUUAGACUGGCAUGGGCGGCAUUUAGCAAACUAAGAUACAUUCUUAAAAACAAAAGAUAUCCACAGCAUCUUAAGACCAAAGUAUACAAUCAAUGCGUACUCCCUGUUCUCACUUAUGGUUAAGACUAAUGGAUAAAAAGAGAAACGAGUAGAUAAGAGAGAAAACAAAAGUGAGGGAUGUUAGACAAGAAGUUGCAAAAUUGAAAUGGAGAUUUGCCGGACACAAUAUAAGACAAACAGAAGACCGAUGGA